AUGAACCAGAUGAACGUCGCUGGGAUGAACCCUGGGGUUGGAGGCCCGGUGGGUGGUGUCCCAAUGAUGAACAACGGCUCCACGGCUCCUCGUAAUGACGGCAACAUGAACAUGAAUAACCCUGAGAUCAUGAUCAACAACCUCAACACCUAUAUUUACGACUACUUUUUGAAACGUGGCUACCAUGACUGCGCGCGUGCACUCGUGCAGGAUGAGUCUAUUAAGAUCAAUACCGACAAUGGCACCAAGACCAGCCCCGGUAAUCGUGACGUGAACGGUGUCGACGGCGAUCCCAUGAUGACUGAUGGAAAGGACGGCGAGAAGAUCAAGAUCCCCGACGAUCUUCCUCGGCCCAGCCUUCCCAACGAAAGUCUUCAAUCCUCCUUCCUGUUGGACUGGUUUAGCCUCUUCUGGGACUUCUUCUGGGCCCAGCGGAAACGAGGUAACAGCAAUGACGUGAGGCAAUACCUCCAACACACUCAGAACAUGAUGCGUAUUCGAGAGCAGCAGCAUAACCAGCUUAUGCGACAACAGCCGAUGAUGCAGGGCCAAGUGCCGCUUGGCGUGCGGCGUGGCGGUAACGGCAUGGUUCCUCCCAACUUGCAGAAGGCGGCUUUGAACAACGGACUAUCUCAACAGCAGUUGGCAGCGCAAUAUCAGAAGAACCAGCAGAUGCAGAUGAUGCAGCAGAUGCAACGUGAACAGUCCGAAAUGGACAUGAACGGGAAUAGGCCGCAGUCGCCUGCAUCUGCUGACAACGCCCCCUCGCCGUCGAAACGCCCGCGCCUCGAAGGUGGCGCCGUCAAUGGACAGCAAUUGGCUCCCAAUGGACGUGGACAGGGACAGAUGCAAGGCCAGCAAAACCCCCAGCUGAUGAUGCCGAACGGAAUGCAAAGGGGUAUGAACCCGGCGCAAUUUCACCAGUUCCAGCAGGGGCAAGCUGCGCAACAGAAAUCCAUGCAGGUAUAUGCUCAAAACUUGGCCCUUCAUCACUCUCGCUCAGCAUUGAAUUCCCAGGGUCUCCCGAAUGGUGGUAUGAUGAAUCCCGGUGUUAUGCCGAAUCAGGCGGAUCUGGUGCCGAUGCCGGAUGGGCAAGGGGGAAUGUACCCAAUGGGUCCAGAGUACUACAGCUCAAACGGUCAGCUCCCCCAGGUUCGGCCUGGCAUGCAAACACCUGGUGGUCAGCAUGGCAACCAUGCUCUCCAGGAUUAUCAAAUGCAACUUAUGCUGCUUGAACAGCAGAAUAAGCGUCGCCUGAUGAUGGCUCGCCAAGAGCAGGAUAGCAUGUCCCGUGCUGAUGGCCAGCCCCCGAUGCCCGGUCAGGGAGGACUGCCACCGGGCACCUCCCCUCAGGGCAGCAGGGCGGGUACAUCGCCGAACCCCAGCGAUCAAAUGAAACGAGGCACGCCCAAGAUGCCUCAAACCGGUCUACCUGGAUCGCCUAGCGCCGGCGACAUGGCUCAGAACCGUGGAUCUCCAGGAUCCAUGAACCUGAACGGCGGUCAGAUGCCGCCCGACAUGGCGGCGGCCGGAUUCUUCCCCGGACCUGGUGGCCCCAUGCGACCCCCGAGCUCCAACCCGGCCUUUACUGGAGCUCAGAUGGGCCAGCCCAUCCCCGCCAAUGCCGCGAAUCGUGUGCCGAGUGGACAAUGGCAACCCGGACAACCCAUGCCUCAGCAUUCGCCUGCCAAUCAGCCUCAGGUCGGUACCCCGCAGGAUCGGAGCAACAUGCCUCCACCUCAGGCGCCACCGACUGGCGCCAAUGCGGGCCGCACUCAGCCGCCGUCUCCUCAGAUUGCUGGCAAUGCGCCACCAACACCUCAGCAGUCUACCAAGGCCGCACCCAAGGGUAAGAAGGAGGGCGCAAAGGAAAACACUCGCAAGCGGCCCAACAAGAAAAAUGCUGCCGCGGCCAACGCUGCUGCUGGCGCUACCCCCUCUACCGAUGCUAAUGAACCAACGCCGACUCCGUCUACUCCUGUCACGCCUCAUCCUCCUACCUCCUUCAACAAGGGCGGAGUCAAUGCCACCGCAGGCGCGCCGCCCCAGCCGACCUCGGCCCCUGCACCCCCCCCAAUGGUUCAGCCCACUCCGGACCCGAGCCAGCAAACAUUCAAUGAUCUCUCCAUUCCUGAUGUAAGUCAAGUAGUCUCACCGAGGCCGUUCACUGCAACCCAGACCACUCAUCCUCAAAUCCUGCAGGCUUCCGCUUUCAGCCUGGACUUCAGCGCUUUGGAUAAUCCUGAUAUCCUGGAGAGCUUCGACUUUGAUACGUUCCUCAACACCGACGGAGACGGCACCGGCUUCGGUUUCGAUCCCAACAUGGGGUACUCGGCUGACGGUGUUGAGACUGGGGCUGGCGACACCCUGUGA